CACGUCAGCCUGGGAACCGCACUAGGCAAGUGCGGUUUGUGUUUCCUCGUCUGUGGCCUUGGAGACCGUUGGAUGAGGUGGUGAUACAACGGCGGACCGCACGCCACCUCAGCAAUCCGCGCCAUGGAUCGAGGACCGCAGCCUGCAGGUGCGGUCAUCACCUCGAGAAACGCAGAACGCAUCGGGAGGGUGCGUUUUCAGGAGGAGCAAAAUUACCAGACCGCCCCUGGAGGGUGCGGUCUGAAUAGUAUAAAUACCCCCUCCCCCCCCUCUCAUUUCUUCACACCACAACUCAUUCUUCACUCUCUCUCUAAAAUUAUCUCUCUAACCCCUCCCCUCCCCUCCCAAAAGGCUAGGAAAUAGUGGUCUGUUGGUUGCGGCUAAGUCCGAUUUGCCAUCAGAAAACAUUUCUUUGGUUUUUCCCUCAAAACCCGCCGAAUUUCUGUCUGACUUUCGGAAAAAUGGACGAGUGGUUCCAAGGAGAGGGAGUUUAUUAUGAUGAAUUUCAAGCGGUAUGUACUCAUUAUACGAGUGGUUCCAAGGAGAGGGAGUUUGUAUGUAAACCGCAUCCCCAAAGUGCGGGUUUUGCUAGGUCAGCCCAAGACCGCAUCUAGGCCAUGCGGUUCUGUUAGGUCAGACCCAGAACCGCAUGGCCAAGAUGCGGUUGUGGCCCAGAAUGCUAAAUCACACCUUGGGCGUGCGGUUUACAUACAAACCGCACCAGGGGAUGCGUUUCACAAUCAAACCGCACCUUAGAGGUGCGGUUUUUAAAAGAUUUGGUUCGUGGGUCAGCGAUUCAACGAGACUGAAGAAGUGAGACCCAAUAGCUGAUUUUUUUGCAUUAUUCUCUUACCAAAUCUCACCGGUAAAUCAAAUCAACUGCGAGAGAGCGGCCGCUAGAUUAACAAGACAAUGAAAAGGAAAAGGACGAAGAGGAAGAGAUUUCGAUUAUUGGUUUUGGGGGAAAGAGAAGGGAGUUCCACGAAUUGGUAAAGAAGCUGGAAUUGAGGCGGAGGGUUUCGUUCAGAAGGAGGAGGGAAGAAGAAGAAGACGAGGGGAAACAGGGCUUUGACCCUGCAGUUUUUGUUUUUUUAUGUUUGAAAGUGAUACGUGCUAUUCCAUUUACAAAGUUAACAACGGUAACAGACCGUUAGCCAUUCGUUUACACGUAACAGUAAUUCUGACUAAUAAUUAGAAUUUUCAUAGUUGUUACUAUAUUUUCCCGCUCAUUAAUAAUUUGAACUAAUAUUGUAUUAACCAAAAAAAAUAACUGCAAGGAAAAAGAAGAAAAGGUACAGAGGUUUACGGUGAACCAUACCACAUAGUACCGGACCACUUACACAAUAACAAUAAUAAUUUUGUUUUCCCUUUCCAAAGCAACCCCUCGUCGUCGUCUCUACUUUCCGUCGCUAUCCCCUACCCCUCCUUUUGUUUCUCUUUCUUUUAUAUAAACAAAACAAAACAGAAAUCCACCCUACUACUCUUGUCACUUCUCUCUCUCUCUCUCGCAUCAAAACUCAUUCGCCUCGCCCUUAGGAGAUCUUCCUCGGGGUUUUGGCUUCUCUCCUUAGCUUGUUUCUUUCGGCAAAGCGAUCACAAAAAAUGACGGGGGAGGCGGCGGCGGCGGCGGAAGCAGGGGAGAUCAGUAGUGUGUCGCUCGAUCUUCUCAAGACGAAAAUGGCGGAAUUCGCCAGGGAAAGGGAUUGGGAUCGUUUCCACAGCCCCAGGAACCUGCUCUUGGCUCUGGUUGGGGAAGUUGGGGAGCUAUCGGAGAUAUUCCAGUGGAAAGGAGAGGUGCCAAAGGGGCUACCGGACUGGAAGGAAGAAGAAAAAGUUCAUCUUGGGGAGGAGCUCUCUGACGUGCUGCUCUAUCUUGUCAGGCUCUCUGAUAUCUGCGGGAUUGAUUUGGGCAAAGCUGCUCUCCGCAAGCUCCAACUUAAUGCCAUUAAGUACCCUGCUGCUGCUACUGCUGCCACCAACCAUUACAGCAGCACUAAUAAUGGUGCCACCAAAACUGAAAAGGAGCAUCAGAAAGCAGCAGAAGCAGCAGUUCCGAAUUGAAUUCAUUUCCAGGAAUCCCCCCCAAAAAAAGCAGCCAAUAAACCAAAAAGUCCAAAGCUUAGCACUUUCAGUUUUGUGUUGAGUAUCAAGAGGGAAGAAAACCAAGGAACAUGCAGUCAGGAAGCUUUAUGCUUAGCAAAUUAUCCUAUAUAUGUAUUAUGUAGGUGAUUAGUGUCUUAGUUACUGCUAAUAUUAUUAUUAGCCUUGUAAGGCACACGUGAUACGUGGUAGCUUGCUGGUCUCAUGAACCCGUAUUAUAUAAUAUAUAUAUGUAUGUUCUUCUUCCUGCAUAGAAAGUAUUCAGAUCAAUGUUUUAAAAGGGAUGGGCUUUCCCUUAGCUUUGCUGUUUUCUUUCUCCUUCAUCGCAUCUAAUGAGGGUACCAUUGACAAGGAAGAAAAGAAUAUAGUAGUAGUAGUACU